AUUUCAUCCACCGCUUCCUGCUUCCUGCUGCUGCGGCUCGUUCUGAGCUGAGUUGUUGUGCGCCUAAUUUCCAGACCCCAGGCGCUCUUAUACUGUGUCGCAUGUGUUGUGUCACUGUCUUCCUGGUAUCUCCUCGCACUCCAUACAUUGUCCUACCGUGCUCCGCAGCGCUCUAACCGUCGAACUCCGAACAAAGGCCGUAGGACUACUGCAUAGGCCCAAUGUCUGCAGCGGACAACGAGAAGCUUGCGCCAUAUGGCGCAACCCGAGAGCAGUCGCAACAAGGAGGAGGUGAUGGCAAAGGCGAGAAAGAGUCGGAGAGCGCGAAGAAGAGCUCUGAGGAAGGGCAGCCUGAAGGCGGUUUCGAUGAUACGCCAGUCCCUUAUGCGCCGCCAGGCUACACCCUUAAGAUAACAUUCCACCGCGCGAAGAAUCUCCCCAUGGCCGACUACAGCAGCUUUUCCUCAGAUCCAUAUGUGCUUGCACAGCUCAAUACCGGGCUGCAGACACGCCAUAAAGAGGAUCCACCCUUGCGUAUGCGCUCUUUCACUGUCCGGAAAGAAUGCGACCCAGUGUGGAACUUUGAAUGGGUCGUCGCAAACGUACCUGCAUCGGGUGCCAUACUGAAGGCUCGCCUCUACGACGAGGAUCCGGCUGAUCAUGACGACCGGCUCGGAAAUGUACAUGUUACAAUUCCGCCCUUGGACGAACACUGGGAGGGUAUCAAAGAUCACGGAUACAAGCUUAGGAAGCGCAUGGGUAGCAAGCGUGCAUAUCUCAUACGUUGGAUAGCUGUAUGUAUAAGCCAGCAGAAACAUAUAAACGGGUAUCUCUAUAUAAGCAUUGAGAUGUUAGGCAAGACGCCAGGUGAAAGUGGUGGGAAGUGCUAUACGCUACGUCCUAACUGGUUCACGAAACACUACUCUCCAUUACUUGGAAGGAUAGCCAAUCGGAAAGAGUCCCGAGACUUGACUGAAAAUAACAUUAAACCGAAAGCUCAAAGAUACAACUUCCAAGCAAAUCAAUUGCAACUCGAAGGCCCUGUGCCGGAUGAGCUAUACCACAGAUAUGUCGAAUUCCGACCACUCAUAAAGUCAGGCUUCACCAAGAAGGGUUUCAUGGGUUUCCUUUUCAACAAAGCACUCCAUCAUCAGCAUGCUCGUGUCUACAAUUUCGAUCGCUCCACAGUAUACGGAAUACUACCGGAUAAAAAAUCCAUCACCCAGAAAUUCCUCGAGUUAGUCCACUUUGACAACGGCGGCAGGAUAUAUACCUACGUUCUCACUCUCGACUCCCUCCUUCGCUUCACCGAAACCGGCAAGGAGUUCGGCGUCGACAUGCUUAGCAAGCACACCAUGCACAGCGACGUGAGCAUCUACAUCGCCUUCAGCGGCGAAUUUUUCAUUCGUCGCCUCAAGCACCGCAAUCGUGCGCCACCUGAAGAAGGCGGCGAGAACACCUCUCACCCACCCAACGACAUCGACGGCGGACCGCCCGACGAAGACCCACCCACAGACCCGUCCUACUACGAACUCGUCAUCGACAACGACUCCGGCACAUACCGCCCCAACGCCGCAACCCUGCCCAAGCUCAAGGAAUUCCUGCACCACAACCUCCCCGGCCUGCACGUCGUCACGCUCGACUGCCAGAAAGACGCCGACCGCAUGCAGCGCAUGAAAGACGAGCAGCGCGAGCGCAAGAAGCGUGAGGGUGACCACAUCGUCUUCACCCAGCUGAGCCGCUCAAGCAGCACGAGUAGCAGUGACGAGGAGGCUCUCGAGCAGCAGGAGAGGGACGGCGAAGAGCGCGAUCAGAACCUCCUGUCUCGCGUCAAGAAAGACGCCGCGAUGAAGGGCCAGAGUAAGAUGGAGCACUUGAAAGGAUUGGCCGGAGGAAGCUCGACGCAUAAGGGGCAUCAAGCCGCGGAGCCGGUGGGCGAUGAAUCCGUUCCGCCGAAAUAGCCGGCGAGGAAGCGGCCGGCCUGAUAAUCAUAAUUUUUAUAUCUCUAUAACUUCUUGGCAUGACUGCGGCGUCUGAGGUACUAAUCGGACUUGAUAGGUCAGUCUUCUCUUUGAAUGCGUUUUGUUCUCUUGGGCCGGACUUGAGUGUGCUGUUCUUGGAAGGGUUUGUCCUUGAUACCCGUUGUUCCACCGAUUGUCUUUGUCACAUCUUACUCCAUCAUUUGGGCGAGCAUUUUCUGUCUUGUUUCUAGCUAUAUUAGUAGGGCAUGCCUAGUCCCAGGCCGCGGAUUCCCUUAUGCCGACCAGGCUAGGACUGAAUGAAUGCAAGUCUUAGUAGCCAUCCUCUCCUGCUACAUGUGCACUAGGCAAAGCCCGAAACAUACAGCCAU